AUGGAACAUAUACAACUGGAUCGUCUCGCCAAAUACGCCACCACAAUCCGACAAAGCACCCAACACAGCAACCCACAAAGUUCCAGGGCAAUUGAAAUAAAGCCGCCAAUAUUCGGCUCCUACCAUGUGCUCUUUCCGGUGAGAUUCCACGAUGGCACUCUUUGGCUACUCAAGGUCCCUGCAAAUGGGACCCGGGAGAGAUUCCGAGCCUCCGAUGCUAGAGCCAUACGCUCAGAAGCACUGACGAUGCGCUUCCUGCGUCGUGAAACUACCAUCCCAGUCCCAGAUGUUCAUGCCUUUAGCGACACAUGCGACAAUGAGCUCCAUUGCCCAUUCAUUCUGAUUGACCAUGUUGAGGGAGUCUCUCUGUACAAAGUCUGGUUCGAUAACGCUUCGCCCAAAGAAAUUGUACAGGCACGACGGACUCGAUGCUUGCGUGACCUCGCGGCUGCUAUGGCUCAGCUGGGCAGAUUCUCCUCCCACACAGGGGGGUCAAUAGCUUUCGAUGACCAGGGGUUCCCAUCAGGCAUCGGUCCCUUACGACUAAUAGAUACCGCAACGAUGCGGGAGCGGUUAAGAGCUGGCGACCCCGACCAAUCGACAGUCUACUUGGAGACGGGGCCCUUCUCCAAAGCAAAAGACUACUACACAGCGCUGCUGGACUGUCGAACAGAGCCAGACACGACUUUCGAAAGGGGUGUGCUUGGACUUCUCCGAUUGUUCAUCGACUGGAUUCCGGAGCCAAGUGAUGAGCAGGGCGCGUUCGUUCUGGCCCAUCCUGAUCUUGAUGUUCAGAACGUGCUGGUUUCCCGAGACGGGGCAUUACAGGCCAUCAUAGACUGGGACGGGGUGGGGGUUGUCCCACGAAGUGUAGGGAACGAACGUUUCCCGAGCUGGUUGAUACGAGACUGGGAUCCGGCGAUAUAUUGCUGGACCGAAGAGAUAGAGCGGCGUGCUGAGCCUCUGGGUCUUUGGGAGGAUUCGCCCGAUACGCUGAGAUUCUAUAGAUCUGUAUAUACUGGAUUCAUUCAGUCUCACUUGUUGUAUGAUGAUCCGGAGUGUGCUAACCUAACUACAAGAUCUCUCAUCCUCAGGAAUCUACUAAACGCUGCGAAUGAUCCGUAUGGUACAGUGGAUGUCGUGCAGAAAGUCUUCAAUACAGUGGUUAGCCUUGCCCAGGAGGGUGUGUCGACUCGGCCAGAUGCGUCUAGUAACGGCAAAGGUUGUCAAGAGGAAGAAAUAAAGAAUAUGGAGAGUGGACUUGAGGACUUCGACUUUUAUCAUGUUUCAUGCGCACUGGCCGAGAAAAGAUUGAGUGAGCAUCAUAGAAGAUACUUGAAGCUCGGAUUUGACAUUCUUUUAUCACGAAGUAAUACAAUAUAG